AAUUUCCUCUCUCUCCGAGUUUUCGCUUUAAGUGCAGACAGCGCGAGACAGUGCAGUUGAAACGAACAAUUGCCGCUUUUUGACACACGUCGCGUAAAAGACAAUGAAAUUUUAACAAACGACGUCCGUCUAUCGGAAGCUUCGUGCUGGGGGAGGUCGACUUUCACCGAUAACAAUCGUUGACGUUGGGCGUUAUCGUCGUCAAGGGGGCCGAUCCCGGUGGAACAACGAGCGCGUAACCAUCGUCGUUGUACUGCGCUUCUGCACUUGACAGAAUCGUUAAGAUGGCUGAUAUGACGGAAUCACCGCCGCUGUUCGAUACCAACGAGACGAAAUUGGACGACCUGGAGGACGACGACGAGGAUAUUUUCGCGUCCGCAGUGCAGGAGCAAAAUCAAUUGGAUGAUGCCUCGCCUUAUAACGGAGUAUCUAAGAUUCAAGCAGAAUUGCCGAAACUGUCAUUGCGAGAUGCGCCGGAAGAGAAUUCCUUCUCCUCCGUGUCCAGCCCAGCGCCAGGUCCUUUGAGUCCUCCGUUGGGACCAAUGAAUACGGACAUCGGCGAUCUUCAUGAUGUUCCUAUCAACGAUAACGCCGAUAUGCUAUCCUCGAGCGUCAUACAAUCUCGCUCUUUAGAGGAGGUCCCAACAGAUACGUCCGAAGUUUUCUUGAAGAUCACGGUCACUUCUCCUCAGAAGAUAGGAGAUGGGAUGGGUGCCUACGUCGCGUAUAAAGUUGAAACAAGAACGAACAUGCUUAUAUUUAAGAAGAGGCAUUUUAGCGUAAUUAGGCGUUUCAGUGAUUUCCUAGGACUCCACGACAAAUUGACGGAGAAGUAUCUCAGGAAUGGCAGGAUAAUUCCACCGGCCCCGGAGAAAAGUGUUAUCGGAACGACGAAAAUUAAAAUGUCCGGAGACAAGAGUCAAGAGCAAAAUUCGAGUUCUACCGAAUUCAUCGAACGGCGUAGAGCGGCUCUCGAGAGGUAUCUAAACAGAACAGCCGCACAUCCUGUUCUGAGCAUCGACCCUGAUUUCAGAGAAUUUCUGGAGGCUGAUGUAGAAUUGCCUAAAGCUACCAAUACGUCCGCAUUGAGCGGUAAAGGAGUAAUGCGGCUUUUCAAUAAGGUCGGCGAGACGGUUAACAAGAUAACGUAUAAGAUGGAUGAGAGCGACAUGGAGGGUAAGUGGUUCGAAGAGAAGACGUCGCAGAUAGAUUCCCUCGAUAUACAGUUACGCGCUCUGCACUCCGCAGUGGACUCCUUAACAAAUCAAAGGAGGGAAUUGGCAAACUGCACCGGCGCUACGGCAAAGUCGAUCGCCGUUCUCGGCCACGGCGAGCCGGGAGCGUCUCUCGGCCGAGCGCUGGCGCAGUUGGCGGAAACGUUGGAGAAAGUGGAGGCCAUCAGGAAAACGCAGAGCAACAGUGAUCUCUAUCAAUUGGGAGAAAUGCUGAGGGAUUAUGUUGCGCUCAUCGGUGCAAUUAAAGAUGUUUUUCACGAGAGGGUGAAAGUCUUUCAAAAUUGGCAGCACGCUCAAUUGAUGCUGAACAAGAAGCGCGAGCAGAAAGCGAGACUCGAGCAAUCCGGACGAACGGACAAGACGAGUCAAGCAGCUACCGAGGUUAUAGAGUGGGAGGCGAAGGUGGACAGAGGCCAGGAGGAAUUUGACAAUAUCUCGAAGAUGAUAAAGGAAGAGGUGGAACGCUUCGAGUUGGUUAGGGUGCAAGACUUCAAGAAGCAACUGAUCGAGUAUCUGGAGUCGAUGCUGCAACAUCAGAAUCAACUUAUCAAGUACUGGGAAAGCUUUCUGCCGGAGGCACGAGCGGUAGCAUAAACAUUCCUCGCGUAAAAUGAUAAGAUACAUUUUUUUAAUAACGAUAAUAUGGCCAAUACCUAUCUACGUGUAACGUGAAAGGAGGAAUCAAUUCUGUGCCGCGUUGGUUUAGGAUAAGUUGCUCGUUUGCUAUAAUGAUUAUUCUUUUCUCAAUCAAAUGACGUCGGGGGAAAAAUCAGUUUAUCUUGAAAAUAAGAAAAAGGGAGGAAGAAGAGGCAUACACUUAUGAUUUCGGAGGUUCAUUCGAAAAGCUUUCUAUACGAUUCAUUCGAAGCUUUCUAUACGAGCAGCGAAGGGAUUCAAUAUAUUCUAAUUAGACAAACUUGAUUCACGAGUAAUCUCAGAUUUUUUUUAUUACAUUUCAAUUAUUGUCUUAUGUAGUAUAUAUUGAUUCUAUUAUUACUUUAUCCAUACUAUACAUUAUAUGUAACUAUACAUACGAAACUGUACAAUUUGUUAAAGAAUGUUACUGAAUAAUAAAGAUCAAUUGUGGUU